UGUAGAUUACUGAAAGCCACAAGGAUUCCUGGUAGUUUCUCAGAAACUGCUUGCAGCUUUGGAUCUUUGCCAAUAGAAGGACCUUGGAAUUGGAUCCCAGAAGAGGGGUUGCUGCAAACACAGCCGGCUGGAUGUUUUGAUGCGCUCUCCGGCUCUGCAAGGGGCAGUAGCAGUAAAGAAGGAGUCAGUCAGUCAGGCAGGCAGUCAGUCAGUGAACAUUUGAAGUGUUGCGAAACCUGACGCCCCGCCAGCCGACCGGCUUUAAAUAUCCAUCCACAGGCAACAGAGCGAGCGCUGUAGCACCGGGAGCUGUGCGGGGAACCCCGGCAGAUAGAACGUAGCCCGGAGCCGGUGAGCUGAGCUGAGCUGACCUGACCGGACCGGACCCGCUGCCUGCGAGGCCAUGGAUCGCUUAGCAGGGCUAGGGGGGACGAUGAACACCAGGCGGACUGUGCUGGCUCUGGCAGCUGGGCUGGGAGCAGCCGCCGGCCUGGGGCUGGGAUUCCUCGGAGCCAGGCAUCUGUGGGCAAUGUUCCGAGCAAGUCGAGAGCAGCACGAACUGGUCAAAGUGGCCGAAAUCUCCAGGAUCUUCAUUUACCCCGUCAAGUCCUGCAAGGGCAUCCCCCUGACCGAGGUGGAGAUCUACGAAUUGGGACUGAAGAAGGGCCCGUUGAAGGACAGGCAGUGGCUAAUCGUUGAUGAGAAAUGGAAUAUGAUUACUGGUAGGGUGGAACCUACCUUAGUGCUCGUCACUGUAUCAGAUAAAAAUGGCUAUCUGUGUCUUAAUGCACCAGGUAUGGAAGAACUGAAGGUCCCUUUGAAGCUGCCAAAAUCAAAUCCAGUGAAGAUGUGCAGAGUGUGGGGAAGCUGUAUUGAAGGAAGAGAUUGUGGUGAUGAAGCUGCCAAUUGGAUCAGCACCUAUUUAAAACAUAGCAAGGCUUUCCGAAUGGUGAACUAUGAACCUCCAAUGAAGCCAAGAAAUCCUAAAGACAAGGAAUCAUCUUUCCGGGUCAAAGAUAAGACUGUCUACAAUGAUCUUAGUUCCUGCAUGAUGAUGUCUGAGGCAACUGUUGAAGAUUUUAACACCAAGUUGGAGAAAAAAGUUAAGAUGGAGAAUUUCAGGCCUGUACUUGUGGUGAAGGAUUGCAAUCCAUAUGCAGAGGAUACUUGGAAAGACUUACAGAUUGGGUCUACAAAGUUGUGUCGUGCAAUGUCUUGCACAAGAUGCAUCUUCACAACAGUUGAUCCAGAUACAGGAGUCAUAGACAGGAAGGAACCACUCGAUACACUCAAAAGAUUGCGCCAGGCUGACCCAGCUGAGAAACACAUUUACAAAUCCGUCCCCAUCUUCGGCUCGCACUAUGGAAUUGACAAACCUGGAGUGAUUCGAAUAGGCGACCCCGUGUUUAUGGUUGUUAAACAUUAGGAGUGCACAUUGACGAAUGCCGAUCCUCCUGUACAAUUAUUACCUGUUUUAUAUCAUUCUUGCUAGUUGCACUUGUUAAAAGAUUUCUAAAUUAAUUACUUAAAACCAGACUUUCCAGCUGAACUCUGCCAAUAUGUAAUACUCCUUUCUAAAAUUGACAGAUUAAAUUUUAUAAAACAUUUUUACUAAGUUCUAUUGGCAUGAAACAUUUAAAUUACCCUUGUACAUGAUCAGUUUCAUUGUUAGGAUAUUUGUAAAGAAAUUAAUUAAGAAAAUAAAGGAGAUUACUGGCCUAGAAAUUGUCUUGUGGGUUGGGCAAAGAAACUCAUCUCAGAAUGGGAUUAGGUACUUGAUACAUACUUAAAAUAGAGUGUUUACCUUGUUCUGGUCCUCCAUUUGCAAGGCCAGUGGAGACAUCUGGUCACACGUUGGGGCUUUGAAUAACAUGCCUGUCAUAUUUUGACAUUGGCUGAAAUUCAUUUGUGCACAAACAGCAUGUCCCUCAUACAGAGUCAACAAGACUGGUCAGAUAUCUUUGUGCAUUUCUAGUGUCACAUGAUCCAUAGCUUUGGGGUUCGAUGCAUGGAUCGUCAAAGGUUGAUCACCUUUUCCUACCCUAGCACCUCUCACAGCAUGUAAACCUGGGACCACCACCAUGUCCCAAGCUGGAUUACACCCCCAACCGCCCCCACCAUCACCUCUACCAUAAAUGUACUCUCCCCGGCUGAUUACAAACGCCAUUGUAACACAUGAGGUCCUGUUUUCCUUUCACUCAACCUCUAUGUCUCUCUCAGGGCACCAUAGAUAUCGCAUGUGACAACUUGACAAAGCAUGUUUUGUAUUCUUCCUAAUUUCUUAAAACCCCUCCCAAUACCACAUUCAGUGAAUAUUUUUAGGUGAAGAAUAAUUUUUAGGCCAUCUUUAAUCUUAGUUUUCAAUUGGGUUUUUAAAUACCUAAAAUAUCAAACAUACAUAGAAACAUAGAAAAUUGGUGCAGGAGGAGGCCAUUCAUCCCUUCGAGCCAGCACCGCCAUUCAUUGUGAUCAUGGCUGAUCGUCUCCUAUCAAUAAUCAGUGCCUGCCUUCUCCCCAUAUCCCUCGACUCCACUAGCCCCUAGAGCUCUAUCUAACUCUCUUAAAUCCA